AACCCCAGUCCCCAUGGAUACCAGCCGGGUUUAUUUCCCCUGAGCCACAGUGGGAACUCCAGGAGGUUCUUAUUGAGUCCAUCUGCUUCCCCGCACGCCCCCUCCCGGGUUGACUCCCAUCCACUCAGAAACCCUGGGUUCCCACCUACAGGCAUGAAACGCCUCCUCAGACGGCGUUUCCCAGGGACCCUAAAGCUUCGGAUGCCUGGGGCGAGGCUGGGAUUCUGAGCAUCCAGGGGGCUCUGGAGGUGACCUGGGCGUUGGAGUGUCCCUCGCCCUCCCAGGCUGAGGCAGAGCUGCCCAGGCUUGUGCGAGAGGGCCCAGCAGCCUCAGAGCUGGUCAACGCUCUGACGGGGGCCCCGGGAUCCCGGUGGCACUUGCUCAUCUCUGCCAAGGCCACCGCUUUGCUCUCAGGGCAGUGGGUGCUUGGGAGAGGGUGGUCUUUGCCGGGGCUGGCCUUGGGCACGGACCACUCAGUCCAGUUACAGUUUGGGGUGAGGGCCGGGGAGCGGGAGCCUGGGUCCUGUCUGGCGCUGGCACAGGCGCGUUCACCCUCUCCGGGGGUCUCCCUGGGCCUCGGGCGGCCUGGGUCCCUCGGAAGACCCUGGGAGGGGCGUACGCUCACCCAUCCACGGGCAGGACCAGACUGCGCUUCUGCAGAGGAGACCUCGACGUGGUUUUCUCCGGCCCCACGCCCGCGGAGGAGCCACGGAGAAAAGAACCUCUUUCUUUCCUUUUCGCUGAAAGGCGGCUCUGUGAAGCUCACCAGUCCCGGGUUAAUUUUAACUCAGAGCCUGGCCAGAAAGCUCCCCCUGGGCUGCGUCCUCUGGCAGCGAGCGGCGCCGGGCCGGCUCGGCAGGGAGCGCGGACGCCCCCGCCCUCCCAGGUGGGCCCCGUUGAAUGGGGGGCUUGUGCGAGGGCCCGCGGGGCGGGGGCUGGCGGCGGCCCAGCGCCAGCCCCGCCUGCCGAGCCAGCCAGCUCGAGGCCGGCUGCUGCCCCGACGCCGCUCAGAGCUCAGAGCGUGAGUGCAGCCAUGGCCCGCGCCCCCAUGCUGGCCCUGCUCCUGCUCGGGCAGCUCCUGGCUGCCACCUUGACUGUGACCCAGGCGCAGAAAGCGGGACCGCGAGGCCCCCCUGGCCCGCAAGGGCCCCCUGGGAAGCCGGGCAAGGACGGCAUUGAUGGAGAAGUUGGUCCUCCGGGGCUGCCUGGACCCUCGGGACCGAAAGGGGCCCCGGGGAAGCCAGGGAAGCCAGGAGAGGCCGGGCUGCCGGGACUGCCCGGUGUGGACGGUCUGACUGGGCAGGAUGGACCCCCUGGACCCAAGGGCGCCCCUGGAGAACGGGGAAGCCUGGGACCCCCGGGACCACCUGGGCUGGGGGGCAAAGGCCUCCCUGGACCCCCCGGAGAGGCAGGGGUGAGCGGCCCCCCAGGAGGGAUCGGCCUCCGGGGCCCCCCGGGACCCUCUGGACUCCCAGGACUUCCUGGCCCCCCAGGCCCCCCGGGACCCCCUGGUCACCCAGGGGUCCUCCCCGAAGGCGCUACAGACCUUCAGUGCCCAGCCAUCUGUCCGCCAGGCCCCCCGGGGCCCCCGGGAAUGCCCGGGUUCAAGGGACCCACCGGCUACAAAGGGGAGCAAGGAGAAGUUGGCAAGGAUGGCGAGAAGGGUGACCCGGGCCCCCCUGGGCCCCCUGGCAUCCCGGGCACUGUGGGGCUGCAGGGUCCGCGGGGGCUGCGAGGACUUCCAGGGCCACUUGGACCCUCCGGGGACCGGGGUCCCAUCGGGUUCCGAGGGCCCCCCGGAAUCCCAGGAGCCCCUGGGAAAGUGGGUGACAGAGGCGAGAGGGGCCCAGAGGGGGUCCGCGGCCCCAAGGGUGACCUCGGCAGACCUGGGCCCAAAGGCGUCCCUGGCAUGGCCGGGCCGGGCGGAGAGCCGGGCAUGCCAGGCAAGGACGGCCGGGACGGCGUGCCAGGCCUCGACGGCGAGAAGGGAGAAGCUGGCCGCAGCGGUGCCCCAGGAGAGAAGGGACCCGAUGGGCUGCCGGGUCUCCCUGGCCGAGCAGGGUCCAAGGGUGAGAAAGGAGAACUGGGCCGAGCUGGAGAGCUGGGCGAGGCUGGCCCCUCGGGAGAGCCCGGCGUCCCCGGAGAUGUGGGCGCCCCCGGGGAGCGCGGCGAGGCUGGCCACAGGGGCUCGGCGGGGGCACUGGGCCCACAAGGUCCCCCUGGGGCACCUGGUGUCCGAGGCUUCCAGGGUCAGAAGGGCAGUGCAGGAGCCCCCGGCCUGCCCGGCCCCCAGGGCCUCCGAGGUGGCAUGGGCGACCGGGGCCCCGGAGGAGCCACAGGCCCGAAGGGCGACCAGGGCAUCGCGGGCUCCGACGGCCUUCCUGGGGACAAAGGAGAGCUGGGUCCCAGCGGCCCUGUUGGGCCCAAAGGAGAGGCUGGCAGUCGAGGGGAGCUGGGCCCCAAAGGCAUCCAGGGCCCCAACGGCACCAGCGGCGUAGACGGCCUCCCCGGCCCCCCGGGCCCCCCGGGCCUGCAGGGCGUACGCGGCAUGCCCGGCAUCACGGGAAAGCCCGGAGUCCCGGGGAAAGAGGCCAGUGAGCAGCACAUCCGGGAGCUGUGUGGGGGGGUGAUCAGCGAGCAAAUUGCCCAGCUGGCUGCUCACCUGAGGAAGCCCCUGGCCCCAGGCUCCAUCGGCCGGCCUGGUCCCGCGGGGCCCCCGGGCCCCCCAGGCCCCCCAGGCUCCAUGGGCCACCCUGGCGCCCGAGGGCCCCCCGGAUAUCGCGGUCCCACUGGAGAGCUGGGAGACCCCGGACCCAGAGGAAGCCAGGGGGACAGAGGAGACAAAGGCUCGGCCGGCGAGGGUCUGGACGGGCCUGACGGAGAUCAAGGGCUCCAAGGACCACAGGGCGUGCCCGGCGUGAGCAAGGACGGCCGCGACGGGGCGCACGGCGAGCCCGGGUUCCCUGGUGAUCCUGGCCGGCCCGGGGCUGUCGGAGCCCAGGGCCCCCCUGGCAUCUGCGACACGGCCGCCUGCCAAGGAGCCGUGAUGGGAGGGAGCGGGGAAAAAUCAGGUCCCAGGAGCUCCUAAAGGCGACUUCGGGAGAAGAUGACGCCAAGUGAAGCAGCCGCCCCUGGCCCGGCCUGGAAGGUGGGCCCUGCCCACCGGCUGGCCUGCCCCGCCUGCCCUUCCACGUCCUCGGGGCAGCUACGGGACACAGGUCCCCAGAGCGUCGUGCCUCGAGCUGUUCUGUCCACGUGCUUCUACAACGGCCCCCUCGGCGACCGCCGGACCUCGGACACAGGCCUGGGUAACGAAGGGUCGACCCGACGCGGGAGCGGGAGCGGGAGCGGGCUGUGCUGCCGAAGCCUCUGUGAUCCCGUGAGAAAAAAAACUAUGCGACAACUUGUUUCCAGAACAUUCCUGUAAAGACUGAGACCUGAUUUCAAUAAAAUGAUGCAUGACACCUCCAGAUUAAUGCCUGGCCACAGUGCUGCCAAACACCGAGCCUCAGGCACAGUAGGCCUUCCACAGGAAGGCCUCGUCCGCCUUUCCUGCGUUCGUGUCACUCUGCCCCCGACGGGCGGGCCGUACUGCCAGCGGCUGCUGCGCUGCACUGAGGUGGACGGGUGUCCUCUCACGAUCAAUAAAGCCACUCGCGUGCGAAACUCCGUUCCAAACACCACAGUUUAUUACACAAAGUAAUGAGUCUCAGUGUGAAACUGAGGACAGUGAGGAGGCCACUGGGACAAUGUGUCAUUUAUGGACAAAAGUACCUUUAAAGGAAGUCUCUGGAAAAUUUCUAGCAAAGCGGUUGAACAUGGGACCGCAUCUGACAACGCAGUUCUACGCGGCCGGAGGUCAUUACAAGGGGAAGCGGUGAACAGAGGAGAGAAAAUUUCCAAACUACUUACAGUUGGGACAAGUUAACUUGUUCCAGUUGCUAACGGGGCCUAUUUAAAAUGUAAAUAAAAUAAGUGAAAAGCCAUGUA